UUUGCCUGCAGUGCAAAAGACCACUCUCGGAUAAUCCGCAUCACCCGCCAACCUAAACGGGAGAAAAAUGAAGACCUCGCUGUCCUUGCUGACCCUCUGCAUCAUGGUUGCGACCGCUAUGGCCGGAUACUACGGAGGCUAUGGAGGCUACAGCGGCUAUGGCAUUUAUGGUGGCUACGGUGGUUACGGCGGCUACGGCCACGGCUACGGCGGAUACGGUGCUUACGGAGGAUACGGUAGACACGGCCACGGUUACUACGGAGGCUAUGGUGGAUAUGGCAGCUACGGAGGUUAUGGAGGAUACGGUCACGGCGGCUACGGUCAUGGCGGUUACGGCCACGGUUACGGACACAAAGUUAUUAGCUACGGACACGGUCACGGUGGCUACGGUCACGGCGGUUACGGCCACGGAUACGGGUACAAAGUUAUUAGCUACGGACACGGUCACGGUGGCUACGGUCAUGGUGGCUACGGUCAUGGCGGUUACGGCCACGGAUACGGAUACAAAGUUAUUAGCCACGGACAUGGUCAUGGCUACCACGGCUGAAAUGUGUCCUCUUGUGUAUAGAAAUAAAUUGUACAGUGAAAA